GUUACUCUAGCUCGGCUUGUUUGUUGUCUGGGGUAACGCUGUUGCUGGGGACGAUGUCAGAACACAUUCAGCUCUCAAUAGCCCUGUGUAGGAUUGGCUUUUACACGUGUCUCCAGAAGUUGUGCUGCAAGGCCCCUCCUCCACCUAGACCGGAGUAUGAUGUGGUGUGCAUUGGACUGAGCGGUGCCGGCAAGACCAGUCUGCUAUCUCGCUUGUGCAAUGAGAUCAGUGAUGGCACGGUACCAACCACAGGUUUCAGCAUCAAGGCAGUGCCAUUUGAAAAUGCAAUCCUGAAUGUGAAGGAACUAGGAGGCGCUGAGACCAUCAAGAAAUACUGGAGCCGAUAUUAUCAAGGUUCCCAAGGUGUGGUGUUUGUCCUCAACAGUGCUGCGUCCGACGAAGAGAUGGAGGCGUCCCGGUCUGAGCUUCUCUCAGCCAUGCAACAUCCUCAGCUGUGCACCCUUCCUUUCCUCAUUCUCGCCAACCACCAGGAUUCACCAGCUGCCCGCUCUGUAUCGGAGAUUCUGAAGCACUUUGAAUUGCAGCCGCUGACCCGAGGGAAGCGAUGGAUUUUUGCAGGCAGCACAAUGAACAACAUGGAGGCCGUGAAGGAAAGUUUCAGUCAACUCAUUUGCCUUUUGGAAGAGAAGGAGGUGCUACCUAGCAGGAUAUGAUUCAAUCAAACUUCAAAGUGGAAAGUGGGUUUGAAGUGUUGUUUGCUAGAAGGACAUUUUUUCUGCUUCAAACUUCUUUGUCGUGGUUUAUAACCCAUUGGAGACAUAGAUGCAAAUAGCCACAUGUUUUGAUGAGCUGACUGACAUAUUUGUUACCCUCAGGUCAAGGGCCACACAUAUGCUGAUUUAGUAGCAGGUGAACCAAAGUCCUUCAAAGAGAUCAGAUUUUUACUAUUAUUUGUAAACAUAAGCUAUUCGAUAACCUGUUUUUUGUUUAUUACUUAGUUGUCAAGUGAUGUGAGUGUAUAAUGUAAAUAAUAUAUUGUACAUGCAUACAUACAUAAAUACAAUAUUUGUAUGAACUAAUCUACUUAUAUUAUCAAUAUUCUAUUCUAUUAUAAUUUUAUUUAUUUAUUUUUUAGCACAUUUAGUGUCCACUGCACUCAUUAUUUUUUCUUCCGUUUAAGAGAAUGUUACAGCGUUUUUCUAUACUAUAUGUUGAGUUUCUUAAUACUGGUUAUGGAUACUUGCAUUUCUUUUUGUCAGAUUUCUAUCUCCAGAUGAUGUUGUUAAUUUUGUUGUUUGAAAAGACGACACACCCCAUUUCCUUGGCACUAGCCAAGCUGUUUUCAGGUUUGAGCUGGAAUACAAACUCUAUCAAUCAGUUUCGGCAACAGCUGCAUUUGACAAGUCCCUGUCCGCCAGGCUUAAGCCCUCCAACUGUCUGUGGAGACUCCUCCUCGUCUGCCACCUCACUCCUCGCCCAGCCACGCUCUGCCGGCCUCACCCGCUGCUUCCCGCUGGUAUUAUCCAAAUUCCUCUCCACAAAUUUAGAUUCUUGACUGCGCACCUCUCUGAUGUGUUAUUUUAUCUCAUGGGAGUCUCAGAGUAGUUGUACUCGUUUUGCCUGCCAAUUGCCACUUAAUGUCUUAUUUUUUUUGCAACAACAAACAAACAACAUAUUUGUACUGCCUUCACUGCUAUUUGUACUGCAGUUACAUUUUUAUGCGUUUAGCAGAUGCCUGUAUUAUAAGGUUUAAUUCAGUAACAUUAGUCGGUGCAUUAGGUACCACAAACUACAAACCGGAUAGUUUUUAAACCAUUUAUUAGUUUAGGUGAAUGGUAAUUCAUACAGACAAUAUUUUAAAUGUUUAUAAAUUAACAUUUUAAUUGUUAUUGUCACUAAAUGUUAAAAAUGUAUUUGUGUAUGUGGAAAUUAAAUAUUGCAAAUAUUAACCUUCACUGUAUAAUGUUAUAAACCAAUAUUCUAUAAUAAUUUAUUAAUGGUAACACUUUAGAAUAUGGACCAAUUCUCUUUUAACUAGUUGCUUAUUAUCGUGCCUAUUAUUAACAUAUUGGCUG